GGUCCCCGCGCGUGCGCCCUGCGGACGGGGCCGGCCGCGUGCGAGAGGGCUGGGCAGGUGUGAGGGGCCGUCGCCGCCAUCAGCAUGUCUUGGCUCUUCGGGAUCAACAAGGGGCCCCAAGGGGAGGGCGGCGUUGGGCCGGGGCUGCCUCUCCCGCCGUCGCUGCCCGGCGGAGGGGAUGGCGGCGGGGACAGCGGGGGAGACCGCCCCGCGCCCAAGGACAAAUGGAGCAACUUCGACCCCACGGGCUUGGAGCGCGCGGCCAAGGCGGCGCGCGAGCUCGAACACUCGCGCCACGCUAAGGAUGCUCUGCACCUCGCCCAGAUGCAGGAACAGACACUGCAACUUGAGCAGCAGUCAAAAGUUAAAGAGUACGAGGCCGCUGUCGAACAGCUGAAGAACGAACAGAUCCGAGUACAGGCCGAAGAGAGGAGGAAGACGCUGAAUGAGGAGACGAGGCAACACCAGGCGAGAGCCCAGUACCAGGACAAGCUGGCCCGGCAGCGCUACGACGACCAGCUCCGGCAGCAGCAACUUCUCAAUGAAGAGAACUUGAGGAAGCAGGAGGAAUCCGUGCAGAAGCAGGAAGCAAUAAGGCGAGCCACGGUGGAGCGGGAGAUGGAGCUGCGUCACAAGAACGAGAUGCUGCGCAUCGAGGCGGAGACCAGAGCCCGGGCCAAGGCCGAGAGGGAGAACGCCGACAUCAUCCGGGAGCAGAUCCGCCUCAAGGCCGCAGAGCACCGGCAGACCAUCUUGGAGUCCCUGAAGACAGCCGGCACGCUGUUCGGCGAAGGAUUUCGGGCCUUCGUGACCGACUGGGACAAAAUCACAGCCACGGUGGCCGGGCUGACCCUGCUGGCCGCCGGGAUCUACACGGCCAAGAACGCCACGGGGGUCGCGGGCCGCUACAUCGAAGCCCGGUUGGGCAAGCCCUCGCUGGUGAGAGAGACGUCCCGGAUCACUGUGCUAGAGGCCCUCAAGCACCCUAUUAAGGUUGGCAAGCGGCUCACCAGCAAGCCCCAGGAUGCCCUCGAAGGCGUGGUGCUCAGCCCCAAGCUGGAGGAGAGGGUUAGGGACAUCGCCAUAGCAACAAGGAACACCAAAAAGAACAAAAGCUUGUACAGGAAUAUCCUUAUGUACGGGCCUCCCGGGACCGGGAAAACCCUGUUUGCCAAGAAACUCGCCAUGCACUCAGGUAUGGACUACGCCAUCAUGACCGGAGGGGAUGUAGCCCCUAUGGGGCGAGAGGGAGUCACGGCCAUGCACAAGGUUUUUGACUGGGCCAACACCAGCCGGAGGGGCCUUUUGCUCUUUGUGGAUGAAGCGGAUGCGUUCCUAAGGAAGAGGGCCACGGAGAAAAUCAGCGAAGACCUGAGGGCGACAUUAAACGCGUUCCUUCAUCGGACCGGCCAGCACAGCAACAAGUUCAUGCUGGUGCUCGCCAGUAACCAGCCGGAGCAGUUCGACUGGGCCAUCAACGACCGCAUCGACGAAAUGGUCAACUUCGCCCUGCCGCAGCUCGAGGAGCGCGAGCGCCUGGUCAGGAUGUACUUCGAUAAGUACGUCCUGAAGCCGGCCACCGAGGGCAAGCAGCGCCUGAAGCUGGCCCAGUUCGACUACGGGAAAAAGUGCUCAGAGAUCGCGCAGCUGACCGAAGGCAUGUCUGGCCGGGAGAUUUCCCAGCUGGCGGUGGCCUGGCAGGCCUUGGCCUACGCGUCUGAGGACGGGGUCCUCACAGAGGCCAUGGUGGACGCUCGGGUAAAGGACGCGAUGCAGCAGCACCGGCAGAAGAUGAAGUGGAUCCAAGCCCAGGGUGCCGAGCGGGACACGGACGGGGGCAAGAGCCAGGCCCUGCCGUUCUUCCAGGGGAUGCCCGCGUGAGGGCCCGGUGCCCAGGGGGCGGGGGCCCAGGGUUGGCUGCGGCAGGUUUUUGGGACGUGGGGUGGGGUGCCUGUGGUCAGCGCUGGCUGGGCCCUCCCUAUCUUCCACCCGCUUUGCCGACCAGCGUGGGUCUUGGGCUGUCGGGGCCGAGCGGCAUUACAAGAGCCUGGCGGCGGGGCCUCCGGUGGGUCCCGGCCAGCCUCGUCCCCGAGGCCCUGGUUCUGCCACUGUGGCAACUGCCGCUGGCCUCUCCUCCGGCCCCUCUCCCUCAGAACAGAAGAAUCCUGGCAGACCCCCUGAUGGAGCUGCUCUGUGAACCCCCACCCCCCAACCCCCACUCUAUCCCAUAUCACUGCCGGGUAGCAGGGGGCGGCUCCUCUGGCUCUCCCUAACCCUCUGCCAGCUGGGCCUGGGGCAAGGAAUCCUUAUGUGGGAUCGAAGCAGAGGGAAAGACAGAUGACGGUUUACGCCCCCAUCCCCCCGGCAGUCGGGGCCGAACCAAGCCCCCGCCCCCUCUCCGCCACAGCCAUCUCCCUAUGGGGCUGGGCCUUGAGCAAUACACACACAACUGGUAUGGAAAGGAGCAGUGAGAAUGGCCCAGGGCUGGGCCCUGCUUACUGCCUGCUAGCCAGCAGAAACCGCCCCCAGAACUGACCGUUCCCUUCAGUCCAGUUUCCUGCUGGUCCUCCCACACCCCCCAUCUCAGCAAUUCCUGCCACCACCACCCCCGUAUCCUGGAUCUUGACCGCGGGGCCCUCCCCGUAGGGUGCAAGAAGGGAACCCAAAGCUGCCGGCGGGGGUCUGGGCUUUGACCAGGACAUCUGCCCUCAAGGGUACCUGGCCCCUCUUUGCCAGCCGGGAAACGCAGGGUGCAGAACGGGUCUCCGGGCAAACCCGAGCCCCUCCCUCGCUCCGGGUCCUGAUGAACUCAGUGGUUGUGGGGCAGGGGGAGGCUGGCACAGCAGCUAGAGCUCACACAUGACACAUCCAGUGUCGUACCGGUCCGAGCCGGAUGGGUAGACUGGACCAUCGCUGAGGUACGAUUCCUGGGGGGGUGCCCCCUCCCAACCCCAGUUGGGCUAUGUAGUCAGCUACUAAGUGGGCCACAGCUUGUCUACCCCGGGAGUGGGUCAACAAGCUACCUCUGUAGAGUAGCCAGUAAGAAGUGGAUGGAGUGCAGCCAGCCUGGGGGUGGGGGGCCAGCAGCCCCCUGACCCGUCUUCUCCCCCACCAGCUAUUCCCCUCCUCUCUCCGGAUUGUCACCUGGAGCAUCCGGAUCCCAGCCCAUCCCAAAGGCCAGACAGUGCUGCUAGCCCCAGAGACUUUCAUUGCCCACUCAUCCAUAAUCACUGGAUCAAAACUGAGAAGGGGGUGUGGGGGAAGGAGGCCUAUCUGGGGGUUUUCGUGAUUUUUUUUUAAUGAAAUAAAGGGAAACAACCUGC